AUGAGCUCGCACAGGUCUACCGGCAGCGGCGCUGAGUCAAGCCGCUCCCGCAAUGGCCAGCAGAAUCUCCAGCAGGUUGCCACGCAGGCCAAUGCCCUAGUGGGAUCCACUGCUGGCGGUGCAAACCGAGGCGGCAACUCAGAGUCCGUCCCCCUGCGUACAGUGUACGUCACGAACACCGCUAGGGAUGCCUUCAACAAGGUGCAGCAUAAAUAUGCUGCCCAGAUCCUCGAUGGCCCUCAGGGUGAGUCGGCUCGGGUCAUGCACCAGCCUCAGGUUGAUAGGAUUCAGGGCCUGUUUGACAAGGUUAACGCCAUGGUAGAGACACCUCUUGGUCAGCUCGCCGAGGCUGGCCCUACGGAGACGAUGGAAGAGCGAGGUAAGCUUGUCAUGGCCUAUGUUCGGCAUAUAGAGGGGCUGAUUCAGGCUCUGUCCCAGGCUCCUCGCCAGAACUAG